AUGGCCAAUAUUGAGAAACAUAUUGUUCAACCAUUUUCCAAGCCAUCUACUAUCCAAAUGAUGCAUAAUCUCAUCUUUCAUGCUUUAUCCCUUGUCAUUGGUUUGUCACUCGGUAUUGUAAUUAGUUUACAGCUUAAAAUUUUCCCACAAAAUUUUCAAGCCUCCUUGAUCUCUACUUCUCCAUCAAUACCACCAGGUUCCACUUCUCCGCUACCAUCAACACCACCACCAUUAUCAACGCCGCGGCCGCCACCUUCUUUGUUGAAUUCGCCAAUAGAGCUAGUCCCAUCAUUUCCAACAAAUGGAACAUCCAACUCUAGCAGUGUUUUAUUGGAAGAACAUAAUAAACCUCUGAUGCACAACAUGAGUGACGAGAAGUUGUUACUGAGAGCAUCCAUGGUUGCAAGAAUUCAAGAGUUUCCUCAUCAGCAGUCCCCUAAGGUGGCUUUCAUGUUCUUGACAGCAGGGCCACUUCCCUUGGCUCCAUUGUGGGAGAAGUUUUUUGAGGGUAACGAAGGCCUUUAUACAAUCUACGUUCACUCACAUCCUGACUACAAUGAAACAGUUCCUCAGACUUCAGUCUUCUAUGGUAGAAGAAUCCCCAGCCAGGCAGUCUAUUGGGGGACUGCAACGAUGAUAGAUGCAGAGAAGCGUCUCCUGGCAAAUGCACUUCUUGACGUCUCAAAUCAAAGAUUUGUUCUUCUAUCAGACUCAUGCAUUCCAUUGUUUAACUUCAAAAAAACCUAUGACUACCUCAUCAACUCAAAGUUAAGCUUCUUGAGCGUAUUUGAUGACCCCAGAAAAGCUGGUCGCGGGCGAUACAAACCCCAAAUGUGGCCUGUAAUUAACAUCACCCAUUGGCGAAAAGGGUCUCAAUGGUUCGAAUUGCACCGUGACAUUGCCCUACACAUUGUUUCUGAUAAAAAGUAUUAUUCAGUUUUCAAACAAUACUGUCAGCCACCUUGCUACAACGAUGAACAUUACAUCCCUACAUUAGUAAACAUGUUCUAUGGGGAGUUAAACUCAAAUAGGAGCAUUACUUGGGUGGAUUGGUCGAGAGGAGGCCCUCAUCCAAGGAAAUUCGGAUGGCCUGAUAUCACAGAUGAGCUUUUGAAUCAAAUUCGAUAUGGAUCCGAAUGUAUUUACAAUGGCAAUACAACUUCAAUGUGCUUCCUAUUUGCUAGAAAGUUUUCACCAAUCACCUUGGAACCCUUGUUACGGAUUGCCCCAUUAGUGCUUGGUUUUGACCCUUGA